CCAGCUGUCACUUGCGGGCACUUCACCUCGACCGAUAGCUUCUCGCAUCGACUUCUGCGGCAUAGAAUGACCAAGAACACCAUGGCUCCUCGGCCAAUUGCCAAUCCCGACCUCCCCAAGCCGCCUUCGGGCAAGUAUCCAGCCAAGGCUCACGCGAGAAGGGUUGCAAAAUAUAUCGCUGAGCAUGGCGGGCCAAGCAGCGGUAUCAUCUAUCUGGAGGGGCAGAGCACUAAAAUGACAGAGGACGACGAUCAAGCGAGCCACUUCAGGCAACGACGACAUUUUUACUACCUUACCGGAUGCGACUUGCCAGACUGUUUCUUCGCCUAUGAUAUCGCGUCUGAUACUUCAACACUAUGGAUCCCGCCUGUCGACCCAGAAUAUGUCAUGUGGGCAGGCAUGCCACUUCUACCCAAGGAAGCACUCGAACGAUACGACAUCGAUCAUGUGUCAACUACAGAUGAUCUCAAGUCAGGAAAGUCUUUGGUUGAUAUGCUAUCGAAGCAGAAGCCUGUUAUUCUGGCGAUCGAAGACCGAGCAGAUUUGGCCAUCUUCGACACUCCUGCUAUCAAGAAUUUCCAGCCUGAGAUUAACCUCGCCUCGCUCCGGGAGGCAAUUGAGGAAUGUAGAGUCGUCAAGGAUGAGCAUGAGAUCGCCAUGAUCAGGCAUGCUAACAUUGUAUCCUCAUAUGCCCAUGAGCAGGUUCUGUCAUCCGUCCCACGCGCCUCCAACGAGCGCGAACUCAACGCCGUCUUCGUCAUGCACUGCCACGCCAAUGGCUGCAAAGAGAUGGCCUACGGCUGCAUUUGUGCUUCUGGAACAGCAGGAAGCACUCUUCACUACGUCCACAACGAUCAACCCCUCGAAGGCAAGGACAAUAUUUUGCUCGACGCCGGAGCAGAAUACAACUGCUAUUGCGCCGACAUCACUCGCACCUUCCCCAUUACCAAAGAUGGCAGAUUUACAAAAGAGAGCAAAGAGAUCUAUGAUCUCGUCUUGCUGAUGCAAAGCGAGGCUUUCAAGCUCAUUCGACCUGGUGCCAUGUGGGAGGAUUGUCACAUGAAAGCUCACACGACCGGCGCUUUAGGAUUGCAAAAGUUGGGUAUCUUCAAUAAAGACCUCACAUUGGAACAAAUCAUGUCCUCACACAUUAUGACGCGAUUCUUCCCUCAUGGUUUGGGACACUACCUUGGUAUGGACACACACGAUACGGGAGGCCACGCGAACUACGAUGACCCAGAUCCUUACUUUGCUUAUCUACGUAAGCGUGGCCCGUUGCCUGUCGGCGCUGUUAUCACGAAUGAGCCUGGGAUAUACUUCCGCGAGUUUCCAUUGAGGCAAGAGUUGAAGGACGGGAAGUGGGAUGGCAUUGUGGAGCAAGAAGUCCUGGACAGAUACUGGAGGGUGGGAGGUGUGAGGAUCGAGGACGAUGUGGUCAUUACAGAAGACGGAUAUGAGAAUCUGACCACGGUCAGCAGUGACUGGCAGACUGUUGAGGGCAUGGUGCAGAGGGGACUGGCGAACGGAGCUCUGCAUUAGCGCGGUGUUUUGCAUGAGUGAGAAUUGAAUUUGAUGAGUUCACAGGAACAGGCACUGCGGUCUCUCGCUUGCGUGGCGCUUCACUUCACAAUUCACUGCCGUGUCUGAUUGGGGCAGACUAGAGCCGCGGUAUGGUUUGUUUGCUAUGAUGCAAGAUGUGAAACUGUCUACGGUGUCUUACAUUGAGGAGUGAAGUGAAAGUCUCACUUCUUCGAUCAGGCAUUAAAACUCCAUGCCCCAUCCAAUCGCUCUCCUUUUCCGCUUCUUCAUUCAAGAACCGCUCAGCUUUAGCAGAAUUUCAACAUUGAAGGGUCCACACAGC